GUUUCUCUACUCCGACAGAAGGGCCCAGCUGCAGCCCAAUUUGUGUUAUAUAACCCGACUCAUCCGGCCAACUCCCGUCUGCCGAUCCGGAUACAUGCAGUGUGCGACGAAUGGUCUGACGGCAAGGCUGGGCAUUUGAUAUUUUCGGAUCCAUCUCGAAAAUGGAGCGACCUGAGGCCCGACUCUCCACAUAUAACGACUGCUCAACCUAUUGCUGAACACGAGGUGUCGGAAUUCUCACUUGAUAAGAAUCAUUCACACCCGUAGAUCAAGAUGGAAGAUCCGCCCAGGUUCAUCAUCGGGCACCAUGACCCCAAAGGACCCAUUCCAGUCUCGAUGGAGACUAUACAAAAUGCUCAUGCCGCAAAUUAUGAUAUGGUUACGAGCCCCAUCACGACUCCCUAUUUCCAUUCCCGGGUCCUGACUCUACUUUCUUCAUCCCUUGCCCUUCAAUCAGUAGAGGACAUCACAAAGACCAAAAGCGCUUCGCCUGUUAUUAUUCCACCACUGACCCCGGCGGAUACGCCUUUGACGCCCGACGAGUCCAUCAGUCAGACCAUCGCCCUUACAAGUUCUUGGAUCGAUCUUGGAUCUCCAGAUCCGAUCAUUGCAGAUGUAUCUCGACAAGUCCUCCAACUGGAAGUGGCUUAUGCUGCCUUUUGUGGGCUCACUUAUGUCCUGGUCCCAGGCCCUCUUAUUCGUGGUCAAGGUGUAUCUGACAGCGGGAUCGCCCAGUAUGCAAGAGCAAUUUCUGAUGCCCUGAGCCAAGGCCCCUAUAUGCAGCUAUACAUCUGGUUGCCCGUGAUCGACCAUUCCGAGGAACAAAUUGACCAAAUGGGCAGCCUGGCACCCUUUACCCGUCAGCAGUUUCUGGAACAUGACGAGGCUGAAGUUGAAAGGUUGGAUGUUUUUGGAUCCUGGGAAGCAUGGAACAUGAUUAGAUCGAUAUGUAAAUAUCCUUCGAGAUUAUGUGUAGCAUUGUCUAUACCGAAGCUGCUGCCACCAGUCCCCAUCCAGGCAAGAUGGUAUUCCGAACCUGUCCGCCUCCUCACCCUCGACAAGCAAGUGUUUGCUAGGAACGCCAAAGGCUAUCCCGUGUUGACUCGUGCUCAUCAAGCUUUCGUUCUGAGAUUUGCUCGACUUCGUACGGCACCGUGGUUCCUCCUGUGUGAUGUGGGGACAAUUCCCAGCACCACUACAAACGGCAACAUGGUCAAUCCAGCCGCAGCUGGGACCAGUGCUUUCCCUACGCUCGCCGAAGCAGCACAAACUCCAGACCUUAAAGACGUGACUCCUCACCUCUCGUACAUGCGCAACCUGCAAACCAAACAACCACCGCAGACGGUUAUUGAUCGCUUUGGGGCCGGCUAUCAGGAUUACCUACAAGCGCCGUUACAACCACUCUCUGUCAACCUUGAGAGCAUCACUUACGAAGUCUUCGAGAAGGAUCCGAUCAAGUAUGCAUGGUACGAGCGCGCCAUCGCCCGGGCCCUGCACGACUGGAUCGAACAAGGAAAACCAACCUCCAACCCAGAUGGACGAGUUGUCGUUGCUGUGGUAGGGGCUGGUCGUGGACCGCUGGUAACCCGCGCACUCAAGGCCAGUCAAGACGUCGGUGUGGAGAUUGACAUGUGGGCGUUGGAAAAGAACCCGAAUGCUUUUGUCCUUCUUCAGCGUCACAACAAGACGACGUGGAGUGGCCGAGUAAAUUUGGUGAAGUCGGACAUGAGGACGUGGAGGGGACCUAUUCGCGCUGCAAAUGCUCCAGGGCCGACUCGAAUAUACAACACCUCGGUCGACAGUGAUGAUGAUGACAUGAACAACGACGACAACGACGACGACAAGAAGAAGACCGAAAAGAAUGCAGACGGGGUGUCAACCACCCCAAAACCCACGUUCACAGGCUCGCCCAGUCUCGACAGCACCUACCUCCUUGCCACUACUCCACAAAGUACCACACCCACGCCGUACAAGAUCGACAUCCUCGUCAGCGAACUGUUGGGGUCUUUCGGCGACAAUGAACUCUCUCCUGAAUGCCUCGACGGGGUUCAGCACCUCUUAAACCCGAUCCAUGGAAUUUCCAUCCCGGCAUCGUACACGGCACAUAUCACCCCGAUCGCGGCGCCCAAAUUGCACGCGGACAUAUUGCAUGGGAUGGGCAGUAACCCCCACGCGGGCGAGACGCCGUAUGUGGUCAUGUUCAAUGCGAUCGAUUACCUGAGCACGAGGCCAGCUGCUGCAGAGGGUGGCGCGCGUGGAAUGUCAGCGAUAGGGACUGUUCAAGGUCCUCCGACUCCAAGCGACAUGGCAGCAAGCCCCGUGUCGCCGUCCGAGACGACACCCACAACGGCGACGCCUUAUUCCAAAGCCCACACGCGUCAAUCUCAACAAUCCGUCCCCCCACCGACGCCGCCGACACCGCUCCCUGUCAUCCAGCAAACAUGGGCCUUUCAGCAUCCGAACCCAGCCUUACCCAACCUGACCCCUUCCACUAUCGGCACGACGACCACAGAACCGUCCCUCACCAAUAGCCACAACGCCCGCUCAUGCCAAUUGACCUUCCCGAUCCCGCACCGUGGGGCAUGCCACGGACUGGCAGGAUACUUUGAAACCGUGCUCUACAAGGGUGUCGAGUUGUCGACGAACCCGGACACCAUGGACCAAAAGAGCGAGGGCAUGAUUAGUUGGUUUCCGAUAUUCUUCCCGUUGAAGGUGAGCGGCAGCCCUCGGCAUCCUGCUGGAGCAUUCUUUCCAUCUAAGUACCUCACAAACAUAACACGCACACAACCCCCUGACCUGGCCUAACCCUAGCCUUCUUUAUCCUCUCCCAUCACUUCUUUUAACUCCUUCCGCACAUCCCUACCCUUACAGACAAACACCUACUUUCCACGAUCUAAGCCCUCAUGCCUUCCUUCUACUGCAUAAUUUCACGACGCACCAACCUGCCUUGCCCUACAAGCAAGACCCAAGAAUGUGCCGUUGGGGGUUACAUCAAGAUCUUUACUAACCACGACGGGAAAUCUCUUUUCCGGGGAAAUCCACACAGACACCAAUCUUCCUCCCCGACAACUCCGAAGUCAGCCUGACCAUGUGGCGCAAGACCGACGACCGGAAAGUGUGGUACGAAUGGCUCGUCGACGUCUACGUUUCCCUCCCCGCGUCUUCUCCCCAGACGCCCGACGGCAGCGGCGGUGGCGACGAAAGGAAGAGGAAAAGCGUGGCAGCAGCAGCGUCGACGCGCACAUCGGGACGAGGCACGGGACCCCCCGGCGCACGGAGGCGUAGAGUCCGGAUUGGAGGGAGCGAGCUGCACUCCUCGGAGAAGGAGGCGUGUUUGAUGUGAACAAAGGAUGACCAUCCUGACGAAGGUAUCAUGUGGUGUGGUGUGAUUAUGAUGGGCACGGUCGAUAUGACAUCAACUGUUUGGAGCCAUAUCCGUCUUGAAGAAGACGUAUCUCUCUUCCUUUUUUUUUUGUUUUUAUUCCUUCAUCACGACGCUCCUCAAUACAAAACAGCCAGGUCAGAUCAGAUCAGAUCAGAUCAGAUCCUUUUUUUUUUGGUCCAAAACCAUCGCUCCCAAUCAUAUCACAGUCUUGGAAAGAGAGCAGAUCGAGAUUCCUGCUUUUCUGCACUUCUCUUCACAUCUCCUCUCUUCUCUCUUCUGCUCUGCCCUCUUUCUUCUCGCUCCCGCUCUGUGCGUGCUUACGGGCCACAUCCCAGCUGGCACCGCUUGAGAAGCAAACGCGUACGUACGCAAAUUCCCACCGUAAGAGAAGAGGUCACAGGGAUAGAGAAGGUAUAUCAUGAGUAGGGACAAGACAAGACAAGACAAGCAAGAAAGAGAUUUUAUUCCUUCACAUAUAGAGGAAGAGUGGGAAAAAUGGAACACUGGACAAACAAAGGGGGUUUUUCCCGCCCUUUUCCUCCC